GGGGAGGGAGUGCUGGCACCAGCUCCUGGCUGGGGGAUGGGCAUGGAAGUGAGGAACAAAAGAUGGGGAUGCAGGAGGUGCCCCACCUUGAUUUCCCAGAGCUUGGUCCCAACCCUACCUCGGCCAAUUACAGGUUGCCCCAGGGGAUCCCCCACCCCUUUGUCCCCUGGGGUCUCCUCCCUCAUGAGUGCAGAGCCCAAGGGCCAGGCUGUCCCUCGGGGCGGGGAGCUGAGGGCCCUUCCCACCUGGUAGUGGGCCUGGAAGAUGCUGGGAGAUUAGAGUGGAGCCUGUCCGAAGAGGUGAGCCGGCUGAUGUCCAAGUUGGGGCCGUGCCGCUGGCCACGCUGGCUGGCCAACAGGGCAGAACCAGGGCCCCGGUCUGAGACUCCAGGCCUGACCCAACGGCGACCCCUCCCGGGCUCCUCUGCCACUCAUCUCCCGGGACCGGCCAGGAUUGGGGGGCUGGGCAGCCGCAGUGACUGCAGCUCCCCAGGAGCCCCCUGCCCGGCCUCCCCAGACGGGCCGUGGAAUUGGCCGGGCCUCUGGGCGCGCCAUGCGCAGCACCACACUACUGGCACUGUUGGCUGUGGUCCUGCUCUACUUGGUGUCCGGUGCCCUGGUGUUCCAGGCCCUGGAACAGCCCCAUGAGCAGCAGGCCCAAAGGGAGCUGGGGGAGGUCCGAGAGAAGUUCCUGAGGGCCCAUCCAUGUGUGAGCGACCAGGACCUGGGGCUCUUCAUCAAGGAGGUGGCUGAUGCCCUGGGAGGGGGUGCAAACCCUGACACCAACUCAACCAGGAACGGCAGCCACUCAGCCUGGGACCUGGGCAGCGCCUUCUUUUUCUCAGGCACCAUCAUCACCACCAUCGGCUAUGGCAACGCGGCCCUGCGCACAGAUGCUGGCCGCCUCUUCUGCAUCUUUUACGCACUGGUGGGGAUCCCGCUGUUCGGGAUACUGCUGGCAGGGGUCGGGGACCGGCUGGGCUCCUCCCUACGCCGCGGCAUUGGUCACAUCGAAGCCAUCUUCCUGAAGUGGCAGGUGCCACCAGAACUGGUGCGAAUUCUAUCGGCGGUGCUCUUUCUGCUGAUCGGCUGCCUGCUCUUCGUUCUCACGCCCACGUUCGUUUUCUGCUAUGUGGAGGGCUGGAGCAAGCUGGAGGCCAUCUACUUCGUCGUGGUGACGCUCACCACGGUGGGCUUCGGGGACUAUGUGGCCGGAGCCAGCCCCAACCAGAACUCUGCAGCCUACCAGCCGCUGGUGUGGUUCUGGAUUCUACUCGGCCUGGCCUACUUCGCUUCAGUGCUCACCACCAUCGGGAACUGGCUGCGAGUAGUGUCCCGCCGCACUCGGGCAGAGAGUGUGGGCUCCCCAAGGCAGGGACUGAGGGAGCCCCAGUGCGCACCGGCCGGGAACAAAGCGAUAAACUCUGACAGGUUUGCAGAUGGGCGGCCUCACGGCGCAGGCUGCCAGCUGGACCGGCACGGUGACCGCGCGGGUGACCCAGCGAGUCGGGCCCACGGCACCACCGCCGCCGGAGAAGGAGCGGCCACCCCUGCUUCCACCGCCGUGCCCAGCGCAGCCCGCCAGCAGACCCCUAUCCCCUGCGGCCCCGGAGAAGACCGAGCCACCCUCUCCGCCCACGCCGCCCACCCCGCCCACGGCCUCCGCGCUGGACUACCCCAGCGAGAAUCUGGCCUUCAUCGACGAGUCCUCGGACACGCAGAGCGAGCGCGGCUGCGCACUGCCCCGCGCUCCACGGGGCAGCCGCCGCCCCCUCAACACCCCCAGGAAGCCCGCGCGGCCCCGCGGCCCGGGGCGCCCCCGGGACAAAGGCGUGCCCGCGUAGGGGCAAGAUCCCUGCCCGGGCCUCUCCAAGGGCUCCGUUCUUGCUCUCUCCCCGGCAUGCUCUGCUUGUUUAACCAAAGAGCCCUCUCUCGACCGACCUGGCUGAAACCUGGGGAGGAGGCUACGGCUUGCUUGUCUGCCACUCUCUGCUCCUGGCCCCCUCCUCACUUCAUCCAUUUCCAGAACCCCAAGGCUUUCUGUCUCGUUGUCCGUCUGGGCCUGUCCCUCACAACGUCUCACGACUGUGCCUCAAAGCCUGCAUCAAUAAACGAAAACAGUCUGCAUCGCUGCGGGCGUGGAGCUCCGGGGACGCGAGAGGGUGUGCGAGUGCUUGCGUCGUCGGGCCACCUCCGGGGCAAGUCAGGCCCCCCCCCACGACCCCCAGGCCGAACCCUCCCCCCCACCACCACCCGAACCAUCGGUCAAGGCGUGGCACUCUUGUCUGUGCUUGGACCGGUGUCUCUGCCUGGAGGUUAAGGAUAGGGUCUG